CCACAAUAAAAGUGAUUUGAUAUUCCAAUCCAUCUUUUACAUUUCUUCAAUUCUGUCUUCUCAAUCAAUCUCAUCUUGUUUCUUUCCAUUAAGAUCGAGGUGAGCGCGCUGAAGUGAAUCGAUCAAGUUAAGACAAGUUUGAUUUCUCAGUAUUUCAUGAACCAGACCAUCGUCAUAAUCAAAUAAGAUGACUAUUAACCAUGAAGCAGAAAAGGAAGAAGAAGAAGAAGACUAUCUGAAGUUAUUAAUCAAUCAAUUCAACUUCAAUCAAACUCAACUUGAAACUCUUCUUAAUGUAUUAAAGACUAUCAUCCAUUCUUCUGCUUCUUCUUCUUCUUCUUCAAAUCAAACUCAGCAUCAACUCAAUUCAAUCAGUUUCGAUUCUCUUCCUGAUUAUUCUAUCAACUCAUUCGCCAAUGAUCUCAUUAGCUCUUUAACAGUUCCUUCAAUCAACGACAUCAAAUUCGCUUUAACAAUCUUAUCCAACAAAUAUUCAAAUUAUCUUUUAACGGGUUAUUUCAAUUCAUUCAAUAAUUUAACUUUUCAAGAACGUCAAUCAAUCUUAGUUAACUUUUCUAAAUCAUCCUUAGCAAUCAAACGUCAUAUCUUUUCUGGUUUAGUUUUAUUUCCUUUAUCUCAAUCUUAUCAUUCUUCUAAGCAUUUAAUUCAAUCUAUUGGUUAUCCUUUAAAUGGUGAUCCGAAAUUAUUAUCUCAACCUAAUCGAGCUCAAAAAAGUUAUCAAUUCGAAUUUUUAAACGUCCAACAUGGUUUUCAUUCGAUUCUAGAAACUGAUGUUUUAAUCAUUGGAUCCGGAGCUGCUGGAAGUGUGGUGGCUUCAAUACUAUCCAAAUCUAAUCAUAAUGUAUUAGUAGUGGAAAAAGGUUCUUAUUAUCCUACUGAACAAAGUUCAAUUAAACAAGGUAGAAAAAUGUUUGAAGGUAAUGGAAUGAUUACCACAUCAGAUGGAAAGAUGAACGUCUUAGCCGCUUCAACUUUCGGAGGAGGUACGACAGUGAAUUGGUCAGCUUCAAUCCAAACACCUUAUCAUAUUCGUCAAGCUUGGUCAACUCAAUACGGUUUGCCUUACUUUUCAACCGAAGGAUUUACAUCAGACUUAAAUGCGGUCACCCAUCGACUUGGAGUUUCAAAUCAAUUCAUUCAACAUUCUCGUAGUAAUCAAUUAUUUAUGAAAGGAUGUAGAGAUUUAGGAAUCCAUGUAGAUUCAAUUCCUCAAAAUACUGCGGGUCAUACUCAUGAUUGUGGAAUGUGUGGUUGGGGUUGUCCGUUUGGAGAAAAACAAGGAGCUACUCGAACUUGGUUAAAGGAUUGUGCACAAGCAGGAGGUAAAUUUAUGAAAGAAGCUGUAGUAGAAAAAAUCUUGUUUGGGAACAAACCUGAAGAUUUAAUUAAUUCACCGGAUUAUCUUCAAAACCAUUCAAGUCCUUCAAGUAGUAGAUCAAGAGCUAUUGGAGCAUUAGUUAGAGUUAAGAAUCGAUCUGAACCGAUCUUGAUUAGAGCUAGAAAAGCGGUUGUUUGUAGUGGUGGAUCGAUUAAUACUCCUGCUGUCUUGCUUAGGAGUGGACUUGAUGGUGGUGGAACGGUAGGGGUUGGACUUCAUUUGCAUCCUUGUAGUUUUGUGACUGGUUUCUUUGAUGAAGAGAUUAGACCUUGGGAAGGUAGUAUCAUGACCUCGAUUUCAUGUGAAGUUGAGAACUUAAAUGGAACUCAUUUUGGUUCCAAAGUGGAAGUGAUGUUUUCGAAUCCAGGACAAUUUGCAGGGAUAGGAGCUAAAUGGAGAUCAAGUGAAUCACAUAAACAAGACAUGAUGGAAUACAAAAAUUCGUUUACAUUAGUGAUAAUUUGUAGAGAUCGAGAUCAAGGAAGGAUCACCAUCAAUCCAAAAGGUGAACCGGUGAUUGAUUAUGGAUUGAGUAAAUUCGAUGGUCAAAGUCUUUUGGCUGGAGUGAUUAAAGGAUGUGAGGUGAUGAAUCGAAUUGGGGCUAAAAGGAUUAAUACCCCUCAGUUUAGUGUAGAACCGUUUAUCAAGAAUGAGAAUAAAGAAUUGAAUGAAGAACACUUUCAAAGAUGGAUUGAAGAAGUUCAAUGUGCUGGGAUUUCUUCUGGUUGCGGUCCGAUUGGAACAGCUCAUCAGAUGGGAUCAUGUCCUAUGGGAAACAAUCCUACGACCAGUGUGAUUGAUGAAAAUGGAAAAGUAUGGGGCAUGAAAUCACUUUAUAUUGCAGAUGCAUCUGUUCUACCCACUUCAACAGGUGUGAAUCCAGCCAUCACUACUAUGGGAGUUGCAUAUCAUAUUGGUAAAUGUAUUGAAAAAGAAAUUGGAAAAGGAGAGUUCUUUGAAAUGUCUAGGUUGUGAUUUUGUGGAGUUUCAAAAAAAAAUUAUCAUGCAUUUUAAGAGUACUUGUUCUUUUUUUUAGUAAAUUGUUGUUUUAGUUACUACACUGCAUGAAUCAUUAACUGCAAGACCCGAUUAAAGAGAGUUGUAGUGAAUGGGUCUUUGAUUUUCUUUAAUUUGUGAGUCUUGUUUGUCAUAGGUUUAUUACUUUUCCUUGGACUCCCCUCAUGUUAUUUGUUUGAGUCAACUUUGAAUGUCUAUUGAUGUAUGAAUCUAGCUCAUGCUCAUGUACUGAGAGUGUCUGUGGCUGGCCC